AUGAAGCCUGGAUUUGAUCUAUGUCAGGCAUGGUGCAAUUUUGUGGCAUGGAUUUAUGCCAUCCGCCACNGCCUUUUUCCAUUACCCAUGAAGCCUGGAUUUGAUCUAUGUCAGGCAUGGUGCAAUUUUGUGGCAUGGAUUUAUGCCAUCCGCCACGAGAAUUAUCUACAGCUUACCUUCCUCUAUUGGGUAAAGAGAGAGACUAGGACAGAACUUAUAUCUAAUUCUCAUCGCAAAAAGAAUGCCCUUAGUUUGCAUAGUUUGGAGUCUUCCAGUAACAUCCAAACGUUUCAAUUAAAGGGAAGUUAA